CUUUCGCCGGUGUUUUAGGUUGCCGUUUUGACGUGUCUAGUUUGGGAGCGGGCAGGUUAGCGUUUGGGAUGAGGUUCCGCCACGAUUGAGCAGUCCGCCGGGGAAAUACUUCCACGCUCGAACGUUCCUUCUCCUCACGAUGACAUCAUUUCAUUCGCAUGUUGUCACUGGACUCGAGAUUCCGCAUUGAACAGCAAAUAACAUUUUUAUCGGCCAAUUCCGCCAUUCCGUUCACACUAAAAUUAUCGGGCUUACUUUUCAGUAGUGGCCUGACGCUAUGAGCAAGUGAAGCUAGUUGCUAGCCUGCUAGUAGCUAGCCGUUGGGGUGUGGCGAGGUGUCACUACACCGGUAACGUAGUUCUUGGUCGUAACAAUGUUAAUAAUAACAAUGUCGCUGUAGCUUGGUUAAUAUGAAGGUCACAUGAUGUUCAUGGAGCGUUGUUGGCGCUUUUUGGAGGUUUUUACAGCAGGCGCAAUACGAGCAUUCUCAGUUGCCUCUUUUUAGCUGUUUUCGUAUCUUUAGAAGGCACAGAAAAGAGAAAGACAUGUGUUCAUGUCUCACAUAAGGGUUGUGGAUGAUGGGCACAAUUCCAAAAAAGUGCACUUUUCCUUUUCUUUAAGAGACUUGUUGACACAGGAGGCGGAGCUGCAUGUGGACCGUAUGUAGUCGCAUGUGUACACGCCGUGGGUGUGUUUUUGUCCGUCCAAACAAUAUCAGCACUAACCGGAAACAAUGUGGAGUAGUAAAAUAACCUGGUGAAGAUACCGGAUGGUGUUUUUUUCUUGUGUCACUUUAGUCGUGAGAGGCUCCUCUCAGAUAGCUCGCAUGCUUGGAACAACUGUGGAUAGACUCUAUAUGAUCAGGAAGUUGACGCUACGUUUAGAACAGUGUUUGAGCAAGUAGAACGUUGUUUAGAUUGACUAGGGGAAUAAAAACAACUGCCAAGGCUGCUAGGGGUGUCACUGUGUGCUAGCUGUGUGAUUGUUAUUAUUGUAGCAAUAUUGUAGUCAUUACAAUAUUGUAAUAAUUGCUUCAUACUUGUGAUGGAGGAAACUGUGAUAGCACUGUAAAUGCAAAGGUUGUCUACCAAAAUGUACUUAGGCGUGUGGCGAAAGUUUCUUUUUUAAAAUAUUUGUUGUCUCAGAUGUAACUGUUUCUAAAAAAUGAUUAUUAUUAUUAUAUGAAGUGAAGCUAAUGCAAUGGAUUGUGUGCUCAGAGGCAGUUUAUCUAACAGUUCAAUCUAAAUAGAAAUCACUACUCAAAAAAGCUAAGAAAGAGAUUAAAUGCCCUGAAUAUAAGACGACUUCUCUUUUUCAAUACUCCUUUUUGGAAAACUAUGUUUUUAAGACAAAUUAGUAGGGGUGUCUAAUUUCCUCGUCUCCCGCCUCAAAAUCAAUGCACAGAGUGAACUCUCUUGCUGCCCGUUUGGAGGCGGGAGAGGAGGAAAACAGACACGCAUGCACAUGGCAAUGUAUUGAGGCGGGCAAAAUGAUCAAGUUCAUUGUCAUUUCUUGUGUGAUGAAUGAAUUAAUGUAUUACCAAGCUGUGUGUCUUAGACUUUUUCCCGGGAUAAAAAGAACGUCUUAUGGUUGGGUCAGUACGGUUUGUAUUGCAAACAGUUCUGUUGCUACACGUCUAAAGUCGGUGCCUUUCCCUUCACUUAUUUGAAUUUUGCCACAACACAAAGGCGUACGCCAUGCAUAUUUUGAAUAAUAUGUGUAGUUGAGUCGUGCCUUUAUAAAGUCAGUGUAAACAUACCAACCAUAGUUUGCAUUAACAAGCCUUAUAGCUGAAUUACAUGCUGUUAGUUUCGCUUUUUUGCCUUUAUUCUUGUAAUUAUGUGCUGUAUUUUUUCCCCCAUAUAGUUUUGAGCGCAAUAACGCAAUCGGGGUAAAAGGGAAAAUGACUUUUUAUGCUUAUGAGCACACAAUUCUGGUCCUGUCACGUGUAUCUGAUACCACAGUAAAGGUAUGCUUUAGUAAUGAUCAUUUCAAUAAGUGCCGGGAGGUUGUGAUCAAUGGGUGUCAUUUUUUUUGUUUAAUGUUGUGUUUUUAUGAAACCUGACUACUCUGAAUUCUUACUAUUCUUCUCAUCCUUGAUUGUUAAGUGGAAGAAAGUGAAUUUGUCAAAUGUAUUAAGAUAUUAAGCGAACCAGCAGAGUGGCACGCUGGGAAUGUUGAUGCCAAAGAGUGUCAUUACUGUCUACUUUUUUCAAAUCACAUUUUUAUUUUAUUUUGUUGAGCACGUUGAAGAUAGCUCAUCUGUAGGUUGACUCCUUUGCACAAGGUACUGGGUUUUAUGUAUGUAUAGUGUUGUAUCGUGUCUGAGCAUUUUCUAUUGUUUAUAUGUGCAUGUGUUGACUUGCAUAAAGGACCAACUCAUUUAGCAAUGUUGGAAUAAUACGUGUGUCCACUUGGCCUGCAUGCGAGUAGAAAUGAGUGUUGUGGUUGUAUGUGUUUAAGAAAGGAUGCAUUUAUUUAGCCAUACUAUUUUUUAUUGUUUUGAUAUGCUUGAUCAGACCAUAAUAAUAGGAAUAAUAAUAAUUGUCAAUCCUUUUCUAGAGCCAGAUUAGCCAAAUAAAGACACUAAUAAAUGUCUAAUACUGUAUAAUACUGAAUAGACUGCCACGCUCAUGGUUUCAUUAAUUUUUGUGGUUUGAAAUGUUUUUUUUGUAUGUACACUACUGCGCUUAAUAGGAAUGCAAGUGAAGGUAAGCUUAUAAUAAUAAAAGUCAUGUGUCAAAUAGAGGAUCUUUGCUGCACAUCCUUAGAAAUGUUUUUUAUGCACAUAAUAGUGUAUAAAUAGUGAUUUAUAGCGUUAACUAUGAGCAUGCUUAUUUUUUUACAAUCCAUCUUCUCCCGUUUAUCCGAGGUCAGGUCGUGGGGGCAGCAGCCUAAGCAGGAAAACCCAGACUUCCCUCUUCAUCCAGCUUCUCCCGGCGGAUCCUGAGGCGUUCCCAGGCCAGUUGAGAGACACAGUCUCUCCAACUUGUCCUGGGUCUUCCCCGAAGCCUCCGACACCUCCCCAGGGAGGCAUUCGGGAGGCAUCCUGACCAGAUGCCCGGAGGAGCAGCGGUUCUACGCGGAGUUUGUCUCGGAUGACAGUGCUUCUCACCUUAUCUCUAAGGGAGAGCCCAGCCACCCUCUGGAGAAAACUCAUUUCGGCCGCGUGUGCUUGUCCUUUCGGUCACUACCCAAAGCUCAUGAGGGUCGAAACGCAGAUCGACUGGUAAAUUGAGAGCUUUUCCUCUCGGCUCAGCUCUCUCUUCACCACAAUGGACCGAUGCAGAGUCUGUAUUUAUUUAUUUUUUUAUAAUUAUUAUAUUUGUUAUAUUUUUAUAAAAAUAUAGCAAAUAUAUAUUUUUUUUAACUAACAAUUGAAAUGUUAAUGAAAUUAUAUGUUUUAUAAGAAUAUAAUAUAAAUCAAUAUAGUAAAUACUUACAUUUUUAUGAUUAUCAUUAAUGAUAAUGAUUGAUAAGUCAUGUAAAUUAUACUCAAAUUUGUGUGAAAAAAAUCUAUUAGACAGUAUUACGGUAGCUAUUUGCUGUACGUCCACUUGACGCACGGUGGGGCACAGGUUUACGUCACUACGUCACAGCACCGUCCCCCCUCCCCCUCCUCCCCCCUUCAGUCUAGCUGGGAAGGAAAAAAAAAACUUUUUGUAUCGUAGGAAUCAACAGCCGCCAUCUUGACGCGGCUCGGAAUCGGGAUUUCUGGGCUAGCAUUAAUUGUAAAAAUAGCGAGCGGGGCCACCCAGACACACCCCGAACGGCGUUUUCUCUCCCAGAAUCGAAGCGUGAGCUCACCCGGCGAGGAUUAAUGCCAACAUGUGAGGGCUUCUCGUGGUUUUUGUCGUGCCAAAAGCCCACUGUAAAUUUGAUUUCCCUUUUAGCGAGCAGUGCUUCUCGCCGUAUCUCCGCGUCGAGACGCUGGAUUUCCCCGGGCGACAGCGACGAGAAAAAUAAUCCGCUUCAUAGGAAAUAUUUGUCGAUUUUUGUUCUUUUUAUUUGAGCCGGUGGUGGAUUUUAAGGGGUCUCGAGUCGACGGCGAAAAAAAAUGACUCCGUAUAGACGCGAACCGGCGAUCUCCGGAGAAAUGGCUUCGCUUACGCUUUGUGUGAUAAUUCAUGGUUGAUUUACUAUUUAUUUUUCUCGGAGCAAAAUAUUUUUGGAUACAGUUAUUGAGGGUAAUUAUGUGGGUGUUGGGUGUUGGAUUAUCAUGGGGUGAUCUUCCGUGGCGAAGCGUGGCGCUGUUGCCUUUCUUUUGAAAUCCUUCUCUCCGGGCAGCCUUUUGCCACUUAAGAAAAAAAUACUUGCAUUGAUCCUUGGACGCGCUGUCAUACUGAAAGUUUGCAUUUAAAAAAAGCCUUUCCUGCUACAACACCCAUCACAAUGGCUGACAAUCUGCUGGAUGUUGGACCCCCCACUGCAAAGCGACCCAAACUGAAUUCACCCCUCUCAGCAUCGGAUGGUCCAGAUCUCGUUUCCCUGUUUGACCUGGAAAAUGACCUUCCAGAUGAGCUCAUCCCAAAUGGAGACCUGUCUCAGAUGGGAAUGUCCUCCAAUGGUGGUCCAGGCGGAGGAGGGGCCCCCAAUCUCAACUCCCUCGUUUCAGACGCCGCCGCCAAACACAAGCAGCUGUCUGAGCUUCUGCGCCCAGGUAGCUCCUCCAUCUUGGGAGGUUCCAUCAACUCUGCCAGCCCCCAGCAGGGAGGCAUGGUGGGAGGCCAGCUUGGAGCCGUGCUGGGUAAAAGUCCACUGGGGCAGGGAUCUCCAAAUCACCAAUCUCCCCAGUCCCAGAAAUUAGGUUUAGCUACGGGACAAGGCAACGGAGGCGCAGGCAUGGGCUACAACCAGGCCCUGUUGAACAGUGGACAGGGUCACGGGGUCUUGGGCCCAACUGGACAGGUGAUGAAUGGAGCUCUUGGACCAGGAGGCCGAGGGAGACCUGGCAUGCAGUACCAGGGCCAAGGUAUGCCGGUGGGUGCGGGCGUCGGAGGAAGUGUGCUGGCGGAGACACUCACCCAAGUAGGGUCACAGCUGGGAGGACACAACGCGCUGACUCCUCAGCAAGCUGGACACAUGAAUAAGAUGGGGAUGUUGGGGGCUCCAUUUGGCCAGCAGUAUGGUCCAACAGGGGUGAGCACCCAGCAACUCCAAAACAAGUCAGCCCUCUCCAACAAUCUGCCUCAAUUCCCGUCUGAGUUAAAGGGAGCCGGGAGUGUUUCAAACAUGUCCCAGAUGCAGCAGCAGGUAGCGUCGGUGGGCAUUGUCCCCGGGGGGCCCGGGGGCGUGUCGACCGGUCCGACGGCCGAUCCCGAGAAGCGUAAACUCAUUCAGCAGCAGCUGGUCCUGCUGCUCCAUGCACACAAGUGCCAGCGGCGGGAGCAGGCCAACGGGGAAGUGAGGGCCUGUACUCUGCCCCACUGCCGCACCAUGAAGAACGUCCUCAACCAUAUGACCCUCUGCCAGGCUGGCAAGUCCUGCCAGGUGGCCCACUGUGCGUCAUCCAGACAGAUCAUCUCCCACUGGAAGAACUGCACACGGCACGACUGUCCUGUGUGCCUACCACUAAAGAAUGCAAGUGACAAGAGAAACCAACAGCCUAUGUUAGGUUCCCCUGGCGCCAACCUGCAGAACGCAAUGAACGCCGUGGGGGCUGGCCAGCCCAGUGCCCCGACCAUCAACAGUGCAACCACACAUAUAGACCCCAGCUCCAUGCAGAGGGCCUAUGCUGCUCUUGGGCUCCCCUAUGGCAACCAGUCCCCUGCUCAGGUUCAGAGCCAGAACCAGGGCCAGGGUGCUGCUCAACAAGCCCCCCAGGGGCACCAACAGCUACGUAAUAUGAACCCACUAGGCACUAAUCAGAUCAACCAGAUGGCAGCAGGCAUGGGUGUCCCCUCUUCAGACCAGACUGGCUUGCAAAGUGGCGACUCUUUGCCCUCCACACUCAAUCAGUUGUUGCCAGAUGGAUCAGUGGCAGGAGCUAUGGGAAACCUGCCCGCUGCCACCCCUCUCUCCGCUUCAGGGGUUCGGAAGGCCUGGCAUGAGCACGUCACUCAGGACUUGCGCACCCACCUAGUGCACAAACUAGUACAAGCCAUAUUUCCUACACCGGAUCCUGCAGCGCUGAAGGACCGGAGAAUGGACAACCUGGUGGCGUACGCGCGCAAGGUUGAGGGUGACAUGUAUGAGUCGGCCAACAGCAGGGAUGAGUAUUACCACUUCCUGGCAGAGAAGAUUUACAAGAUCCAGAAGGAACUGGAGGAGAAGAGGCGCUCACGGCACCAGCAGCCCGGCAUGGUGGGCAACGCUGGUCCGCAGCAGUCGCCGAUGAGUCAGCCCAACGCCAUGGGCCCAGGACAGCCUGUCCGACCUCCCAAUGGACCUGUGCCUAUGCCAAACAUGCCAAAUCAAAUGAUGAACCGAAUGCAGGUGUCCCAAGGAAUCAACCAGUACAAUCCAAUGGCAAUGCAGAAUGCGCAGAUGUCACAGGCGCCCUUGGGGGCGCGGGCUCCCUCCCCCAUGAACCAUCCACAGCAGAUGAACAUAAACUCCGUCCCAGCGAUGGGCAUGUCCCCUUCGAGGAUGCCGCAAAAUCAAGGAAUGAUGGGUAAUCAUCCGAAUAACAUGCUUCCCCAGUCGGCCAACCAGGGUCAGUUCUUGCCACAGGCGCAGUUCCCUGCAGCCGCUGGAGGAGCUAUGAAUGUGAAUGUCGGAAUGGGUCAGCCCGUCAUGCAAGCUGCUGGCGCACAGCAGUCGCAGAAUUCCAACCUCCCUCUAAAUGCGCUGGGAACCCUUAGCUCACAGUUACCCUGUGGCACAGUAGCCCAGCCAAGCUUGGGCAGCACCCCUCCACCCAACCCCUCCACCAGCCUGCCAGUGCAUCAGCAACACCAUCCAUCUGCGCAGGGCCCAGUGCAGCCACAGCCCAACACCCCUGGGUCCACAAGCGGGCCCUCUUCCAACCAAACCCACAUACCAAGCAGCCUGCCCCGUCCGCCCUCUGCGAUGAGCACAGCAUCAGACCCUUCCCAGCCGCACACCCCCCUGCAGCCCCAGCCUGACCCUUCCAGCCUGCUGCAGCAGCCCACCUCAGUGCCAGCACAGCAUCCCAGCACACCGAUGUCACAGGCUGCUGCUAGCAUAGACAACAGAGUGCCCACCCCAGCCUCGGUGGCCGAACUUAACUCUCAUCAGACCCUGCCGGACAUGACUGCUACUGAUGUCAAGGUCAAGUCUGAAGUAAAAGACGAAGAUGAUGACGGCAAUUCUGGAAACAAGACAACCAGCAUAAAAGAAGAGGAUGACGACACCAAACCCUCGUUGGUGAAGAAAGAGGAGGAAGAUGCAACAGAGCCAAAACAGGAAGCAAUGGAAAUCGAGGACAAGAAGCCAGAGAUAAAGACUGAACCCAAAGAAGAGGGGGAAGGCGGGGCCAACAGCACAGCCACCCCUCCUUCUCAGAGCCGCAAAAAAAUUUUCCGACCUGAAGAGCUAAGACAAGCCCUGAUGCCAACACUUGAGGCCCUCUACAGGCAAGACCCUGAGUCCCUGCCCUUCAGACAACCUGUGGACCCCCUGCUGCUAGACAUCCCCGACUACUUUGACAUUGUGAAAAAUCCCAUCGACCUGUCCACCAUCAAGCGCAAACUGGAUACAGGCCAGUACCAGGAGCCGUGGCAAUACGUGGACGACGUGUGGCUCAUGUUCAACAAUGCGUGGCUGUACAACCGUAAAACAUCCCGCGUUUACAAAAACUGCACCAAACUGGCAGAGGUGUUCGAGGUAGAGAUCGAGCCCGUCAUGAAGUCCCUGGGCUACUGCUGCAGCAGGAAGUAUGAGUUCUCCCCCCAGACGCUGUGUUGCUAUGGUAAACAAUUGUGCACUAUCUCGAGGGAUGGCAUCUACUACAGCUAUCAGAACAGGUAUCACUUCUGCGAGAAGUGCUUCAACGAGAUCCAGGGUAACAGUGUGACCCUGGGGGAUGACCCGGCGCAGUCACAGACAAUGAUCUCCAAAGAACAGUUUGAAAAGAAGAAAAAUGACAUGUUGGACCCUGAACCGUUUGUUGAAUGUAAAGACUGCGGACGCAAGAUGCAUCAGAUCUGCGUGCUGCACUACGACGUCAUUUGGCCAUCAGGCUUUAUCUGUGAUAACUGUCUGAAGAGGGCUGGGAAAACCAAAAAGGAGAACAGGUUUUCAGCCAAAAGGCUGCAGUCUACGAGGUUGGGGACGUACAUAGAGGACAGAGUGAACAAGUACUUGAAAAGACAGAACCACCCAGAGGCUGGUGAGGUGUUUGUGCGAGUUGUUGCCAGCUCUGACAAAACAGUGGAGGUUAAGCCUGGAAUGAAGUCCAGGUUUGUGGACUCGGGUGAGAUGGUGGAGAGCUUCCCUUAUAGAACCAAAGCACUUUUUGCAUUUGAAGAAAUUGACGGAGUAGAUGUCUGUUUCUUCGGUAUGCACGUCCAGGAGUAUGGCUCAGAUUGUCCUUCUCCAAAUACAAGGCGGGUUUAUAUAUCAUACCUCGACAGUAUUCACUUCUUCAAACCACGCAUGCUCAGGACUGCAGUUUACCAUGAGAUCUUAAUAGGAUACCUGGAGUAUGUCAAGAAACUGGGGUAUGUAAUGGGACACAUCUGGGCCUGCCCACCCAGCGAAGGAGACGACUACAUUUUCCACUGCCACCCUCCUGACCAGAAGAUCCCCAAACCCAAGCGGCUCCAAGAGUGGUACAAAAAGAUGCUGGAAAAGGCUUUUGCUGAGAGAAUACUACACGACUUCAAGGAUAUUUUCAAGCAAGCAACAGAAGACAGGCUAACCAGUGCAUACGAGCUGCCGUACUUUGAGGGGGACUUUUGGCCUAAUGUGCUGGAGGAGAGCAUCAAGGAGCUGGAGCAGGAGGAAGAGGAGAGGAAGAAGGAGGAGAACACGGCCUCCUGUGAGACGCCAGAGGGAGCCCACGCUGACAGCAAGAAUGCCAAAAAGAAGAACAACAAAAAGACCAACAAGAAUAAGAGCAGCGUCAGCCGUGCCAACAAGAAAAAGCCCGGGAUGCCCAAUGUAGCCAAUGAUCUGUCCCAAAAGCUCUACGCCACGAUGGAGAAGCAUAAGGAGGUGUUUUUUGUCAUCCACCUUCAUUCCGGGCCAGUCAUUAACACCCUGCCACCCAUCAUGGACCCGGACCCUCUGUUAUCUUGUGACCUGAUGGAUGGCCGUGAUGCCUUCCUGACGUUGGCCAGAGAUAAGCACUGGGAGUUCAGCUCGUUGAGACGAUGCAAGUGGAGCAGCAUGUGCAUGCUGGUGGAGCUGCACAACCAGGGCCAGGACCGCUUUGUGUACACAUGCAACGAGUGCAAGCAUCAUGUGGAGACACGCUGGCACUGCACUGUCUGUGAGGACUAUGACCUAUGCAUUAACUGCUACAAUGCCAAGGGUCAUGAACACCAGAUGGUGAAGUGGGGCUUAGGUUUAGAUGAUGACAGCAACGCCCAAAAUGCAGAGGCCUCCAAGAGCCCUCAGGAAAGCCGACGUCUCAGCAUCCAGCGCUGCAUCCAGUCCCUAGUCCACGCCUGCCAGUGCCGCAACGCCAACUGCUCCCUGCCGUCAUGUCAGAAGAUGAAAAGGGUGGUUCAACACACCAAGGGCUGCAAGCGCAAGACCAACGGUGGCUGCCCUGUGUGCAAGCAGCUCAUUGCUUUAUGUUGCUACCACGCCAAGCACUGUCAGGAGAACAAGUGUCCUGUUCCCUUCUGUCUCAACAUCAAGCACAAACUCCGUCAACAGCAGCUACAGCAUCGGCUCCAGCAGCAUCAUUUGAUGCGACGCAGAAUGGCCACUAUGGCUGGAAGGGGUAUGCCCAUGCCAUCUCCACCUACGUCAUCUGCCCCAGACACUCCCAACUCUGUGCAGCAACCUAACACACCGCAGACCCCCCAGCCCAUGCCCAAUCAACCCCAACAACCUCAGCAGCAGCAGUCGGCGCCCAACCAUGCCAGUGUUGGCCAAGUCUUCCCCAACAAUGGUCGCAUCAGCCAGCCCCCGACACCGAUUCCGCAAGGCAAACCAGGGCCUCCGUCGUCUCCUCUUCAUCAGCAGCAGUCUCCAUUGCCCAGCUUACCACAUCAACAGCAGCCUCCACCUCAGAUGGUACAGCAGCAGCAGCAACAGCAGCAACCCCUGCUAGCGGCACUGAAGGUGGCUAAACAAAUUGAGAUGGUAGCGAAGGCAAAGCAGCAGCAGCAGCAACAACAACAGCAGCAAAAUUACACCAUGAAUGGGAUGCCUAUGAACCACCCGCGCAUGAUGGGACCCAUGCAGAGUCAGAUGCAGAUGAUGCAAGGGCCCCGGGGGCCUCAGGUGAUGCAGGCCAUGCAGCAAGGCCAGUGGGGUCCCGGAAUGCAGGGUCCCUUGCAGAAACCUCAGGGCCAUCCGCAACAGAUCCCUCCACAGCAAGGUGUCAUAGGCCCUCAGCAGGCUCAGGGAGCCGCCAUGCCUCAGCAAGGUCAGCUCAUGCAGAGGCCCAUGAUGGCGCAGCAACAGGGACUCCAAAUGGCCGGAGUCAUGCCUCCCCAGGGGCCCUCACAACAGAGCAUGACGCCACAGCAGCAGAGUAUGCCUCGGGGGAUGCCUGGAAACAUCGCACCCAACGCUUUGCAGGAGUUACGGCGCACCCUCAGAUCUCCCAGCUCUCCCCAGCAGCAGCAGCAGGUCCUGAACAUCCUCAAGUCUAACCCCCCGCUCAUGGCUGCCUUCAUUAAACAGAGGGCAGCUAAAUAUCAAGCUAACCAGCCGCAGCAGCAGAACCAUCAGUCCAUGCAGGGAUCUCCAGCAGGAAUGCAGGCCAUGAUGCAGGUGCAAAGGCCGGGAAUUUCUCCUCAGCAGCAACCUCCACAGCAGGUAGGGCCACAGGGUAUGGCCCCCAUGGGACCCCAAAGCCAAAUGAUGAAUGUUGCUCCAAACAGCAAUCCUCAGCUUUACCGCAGACAGCAGCUGCUGAGGAUGCAGCAACAGGCGCAGCAGCAACAGGGUGGCAUGCCUCAGCCUCACGGUCAGUUCCCCCAGCAACAGCCAGGGCCAGCCACCUACUCCCAGCUCCGUAUGCAGCAGCAGCAGAUGGCUAUGCAAGGAGGUGUUGGGCCCAUGGGCCAGCUCCCUCCCUCUUCCCAAAUGGGCCAAGGUGGCAUGGGCAUGGACGGGCCCCAGAACCUUCUCCAACAGCGGAUGCUUCAGCAACAGCAACAGCAGAUGUUGAAGCAGCAGAUGGGCUCUCCAGCGCAAGCUAAUUCCAUGAGCCCUCAGCCGCACAUGCUCCAAGGACAAACACAGGGCAGUGCUCACUUAGCUGGCCAACCAAUGGGAAACUCUUUGGGCAACCAAGUACGCUCGCCAGCCCCGGUCCAGUCGCCUCGGCCGCCUUCGCAACAGCCCCCGCAUUCCAGCCCUUCUCCACGGAUGCAGCCUCAGCCCUCUCCCCAACAUGGUGCCCUUCUCUCAAGCUCCCCUCACCCCAGCCUUGCAGGACCUAUGUCAGGCCCAAUGGAGCAGGGACACAUGGGGACACCAGAGCACAGUGCCAUGCUUCCACAGCUCAACACACCAAACCGGGGGGGCUUAAGUACUGACAUGGGCAUGGUGGGGGACCCGACGGGAGACACGCUGGAGAAAUUUGUUGAAGGAUUGUAGCAGAAGAUACAGUAGGUCUCGGUAACACAAGAGUCAUGGGGCCUAUGAACUGUGAACUUUCUGCUACCCAAGGGACUGCUUUUUAUUCCAACACAGUGAUUUACCAGUCACUCUUGCAAAGAAGACACAAAGGAUAUAUUUUUGGUUUGGACCAGCAGGCAAGAAUGUGCUGUGUUUAAAUUUGGUUUGCAUUUGUUAUCCUCUGGUAUUGGUAUUUUUUAAAACAAAAACCUCUCAAAACAAAAAAUAUUUCAUUUUAUUUUUCAUUUUUUAAAUUUUCUAUCUUUGCAAAUAAAUAUUGUAUUUGUGUUGAGCAGACUGGAAAAGUUCAAACUGGGAUUUUUUUUUCCUCUUGCCAGUUUUGACCUUUUGCCCGUUGCUCUUGUUCCAGGCUAAUUUAUUCUAAUAUGCCAUUUUUCAAAAGGACUGCCUUUGGGAAAGCCUUAAUUUUCCUUCCUGCUUGCAGAAUCUAUGGAAGAUUGAAGUGUUUGUUUAGAUUAAGGAACUAUUGCACACAUACAAACACAAUAGGCAGGUGUUCAAAGAAACCUGCAUUGAAGCUUGCCCCCACCCCCUGCCCCCCAUGCCAGAAUGUUGCUUUUUUUUACUGGCCUUGGCUCAGUAUUUGUCUUGCAUAUGUACAAAUAAUCACUUUUGUUUCUCUUUCAGUCCGAAUAAAUUCUCUUCCAAGUCCUGUUCUCCUUUUGCCUGUGGUGAGAAAUGAACUUGUUCAACUGCUGAUUUGUGUUUAGAGUUGUGUGCAUCAUUUUCUAUCUUACAUUAAACUUGAAUCCAUGAUGAACUGUUCUCUGUCACACAGCUCAACAGCACUGUAAAUAUGCUGAAAAUAAGAAUGAGAUCACUGUACAAACUGGUUCAAAAUGGCUCAUUUCGUACUUAUAUACCAUAUUGUUUAAUAAACCUGUGUGCCACAGA